AAAUCUUUCAUUAUAUCGUAUUGAGAUGACGCCACAGUCUACAUUAUUGAAACUUUGCUGAUGUGAAUUAUGGGUUAUUCGCUUUAAUUCAACAAUAUUCUAUCGAUUUUCUUUUUAAACAAUGUUACGAAGAGGUACUUUUUCUGUACAGCAUCUUAGAUUUCUUAUAAGAAGUUAUCAUGAUAAUGUACCUGUCAUUGGUACAUCACAAGAUACAAGAUCAUCUACUUUUCAAGAAAAUUAUCUACAAAUGAAAAUACUUGUAGACGAAUUGAAAUCUAUUGUAGAAAAGAUAGUAGAGGGUGGGGGAAAUAAAGCCAUAGAUAGACAUUUAAGCAAGGGAAAAUUAUUACCCAGGGACCGUAUCAAUGUGCUUCUAGAUGAAGGUUCUCCUUUCUUAGAAUUUUCGCAAUUAGCAGGAUACAAGAUGUAUAAAAAAGAAGAGGUACCGGCUGGCGGAAUAAUAACUGGUAUCGGCAGAGUAGAAGGGAAUGACUGUUUAAUAAUAGCAAAUGAUACAACGGUAAAAGGUGGCACUUAUUAUCCGAUUACAGUCAAAAAGCAAUUGCGUGCUCAAGAAAUUGCAGAAGAAAAUAGAUUACCUUGUAUAUACUUAGUUGACAGUGGGGGAGCUAAUUUAUCUUAUCAAUCCGACGUGUUUGCUGACAAAAUGCAUUUUGGAAGAAGUUUUUAUAAUCAAGCAAAUAUGAGCGCCAUGGGAAUUGCACAAAUUGCUGUGGUAAUGGGAAGUUGCACAGCAGGUGGUGCAUAUAUUCCUGCAAUGGCCGAUGAAAAUAUUAUUGUUGGAAAUCAGGGUACUAUAUUUUUGGCUGGUCCACCUUUAGUAAAAGCAUCUACUGGAGAAGAGGUUACGUCAGAAGAUUUAGGAGGAGCAGCUUUACAUUGCCGAAAGUCUGGAGUGUCAGAUCACUAUGCUAUCGACGAUACUCACGCUUUGUAUCUAGCACGACGAAUUGUUAAAAAUUUAAAUUGUAUACCUCCCAUGGAUGUAAAAAUUGAUACAAAUGUGGAGGUACCGGUACAUGCUAUUGAUGAACUUUAUGGCAUAGUUGGUACCAAUUUAAAACGACCUUUUGAUGUACGGGAAGUCAUUGCAAGAAUUGUUGAUGGAUCAAGAUUUAAUGAAUUUAAAGCAUUGUACGGGAAGACAUUGGUUACUGGAUUUGCUAAAAUUCAUGGUUAUCCAGUAGGAAUCGUUGCAAAUAAUGGUGUUCUUUUUUCUGAAAGCGCAUUAAAAGGAACACAUUUUAUACAGUUGUGUGCACAAAGAAAAAUACCUCUUGUGUUUUUGCAAAAUAUUACAGGAUUUAUGGUGGGUAAAGAUGCGGAAGAAGGAGGUAUUGCUAAAAAUGGUGCAAAAAUGGUAACAGCGGUAGCGUGCGCAAAGGUUCCCAAAAUUACCGUGUUAAUCGGAGGUUCUUACGGUGCUGGAAAUUAUGGGAUGUGUGGACGUUCUUAUUCCCCACGCUUUUUGUAUUCUUGGCCAAAUGCUAGAAUCUCUGUGAUGGGAGGAGAACAAGCAGCCAGUGUAAUAGCUCACAUUACAAAAAGUCAGUGUCUUCGAGAAGGCAAAGAGCUGACGAAAGAAGAAGAAAAUAAAAUUAAAGAGCCAAUUAUCAAAAAAUUUGAGGAAGAAGGUAGUCCAUACUACUCGAGUGCUAGAUUGUGGGAUGAUGGAGUGAUCGAUCCAGUUGAUACUAGGACAGUGCUUGGACUCAGUUUGGCUGCCUGUUUGAAUGCUUCAAUACCAGAAAGCAAAUUUGGUAUCUUCAGGAUGUAAUAUGUUCUAGGAUAUAUAUAUAUUUUUUUAUACGUUUAUAAAAAUGAAUGUUUAUAUUAUGAUCUGUUUAUAGUAUAUAUAUAUGUUUAAUGAAAUUUAGGCCAACGGCUUCCAAUUAUGUCGUGAUAUGUUGAUUUUCAUAAAAAGUUGAAAGAAGUGUAUAAAAUUGUUAAAA